AUGUCCAUUCCUGGGGCACUAUAUCCAAGUGCUCUGUCUCACCAGAUUUUGGCCAUUGUGUCUAUUUUGUUCAUUGUACUGUCCACCAUUGCUUUGUCACUCAACACUCUACCUGAGCUUCAAGUAAUUGAUGAAUUUGGACAACUAAAUGACAACCCCCAGCUAGCACAUGUAGAAGCUGUGUGUAUAGCUUGGUUCACUAUGGAGUACCUUUUGCGUUUCCUGUCAUCUCCAAACAAGUGGAAGUUCUUCAAAGGUCCAUUAAAUGUGAUUGACUUGCUGGCCAUUUUACCCUACUAUGUCACCAUUUUCCUCACAGAAUCCAACAAAAGUGUGCUGCAGUUCCAAAAUGUCCGCCGUGUUGUUCAGAUAUUCCGUAUUAUGAGGAUACUCAGGAUCCUUAAACUUGCCAGACACUCGACAGGCCUUCAGUCUUUAGGAUUCACACUCAGGAGGAGUUACAAUGAAUUGGGUUUAUUGAUAUUAUUUUUAGCAAUGGGUAUCAUGAUAUUUUCCAGUCUUGUAUUUUUUGCUGAGAAAGAUGAAGAUGCCACAAAGUUUACUAGUAUCCCUGCAUCAUUUUGGUGGGCCACCAUCACUAUGACUACAGUAGGUUAUGGUGAUAUAUAUCCUAAGACUUUACUAGGUAAAAUUGUUGGAGGAUUGUGUUGCAUUGCCGGAGUGCUGGUAAUUGCUCUACCUAUUCCCAUCAUAGUAAACAAUUUCUCUGAGUUUUAUAAGGAGCAAAAACGGCAGGAGAAAGCCAUUAAACGAAGGGAGGCACUUGAGCGAGCAAAAAGAAAUGGAAGCAUUGUCUCAAUGAAUCUAAAAGAUGCCUUUGCCCGCAGCAUGGAACUGAUUGAUGUAGCCGUGGAUUCCGGUAAGACUGAGGAAGCAGCCAACUCCAAGGAAACCCCCGACGAUAACCAUUUAUCUCCAAGCCGGUGGAAAUGGGCCAGAAGGACAAUGUCUGAAACAAGUUCUAAUAAGUCCUUGGAGAAUAAAUAUCAGGAAGUCAGUCAGCAAGAUACCAACGAAAAGCUCAACAAUAUUGUCACAGCCUCCAGCCCCCAACACUUGAGUGCUCAGAAACUCGAAAUGUUAUACAAUGAAAUUACUAAAACUCAGUCUCAGCCUAAUCUCAAUGCCAACUACCAAGGCUCGUCAGCGAAACCUCCCUUAUAUGAGGAGGAAAUUGAAAUGGAAGAGGUUGUUGGGCAAGGAGAACCAUCCAUGUCAGGGCCCAGAGACAUAGUGACGGACAUGAGAAGCAUUUCCAGCAUUGAUAGCUUUGCCAGCUGUGCUACCGAUUUCACUGAGACAGAUCGGUCUCCCUUGCCCCCAUACUCUGGUUCUCACCUGCAGCUAAGGUUCCCACCUGACUCUGUCCAUUUGGAAGACCAAAGAGCAAAGAGUUCUCAGUUUUUAUCACACACCAAGGAUAAAAUGUUUGCCCCCAGAGACAUCGCCUUUGAGUACUCCCCAGUUGAUACAGCCAUGGACAUGGAUGACGCUGGCUCCCAGUCUCUGCUUCAAGGCCCUUUGCACUUUGACAGCUCCAUGUUAAGUCCCAAAAGUUCUCUCAAAGGAAGCAAUCCAUUAAAAGUAAGGUCCCUUAAGGUUAAUUUUAAGGAAAACAGAGGUGGCGCUCCACAAACGCCACCGAGCACUGCAAGGCCACUUCCAGUAACAACGGCGGCAGAUUUCAUGCAAUCCACCCCUCCUCAGCAUAUCAGCACCAUUCUCUUGGAAGAGAAUUCACCACAUGGCGACAGGCCCUUGCUGGGUGCUGAUGCCUCCAUAGUUUGCCAGAGCAUUCCUAAGAAAUCAUCCCCUUCUCUGUUUCCAAAACAAAAGCUUUUUACUUUCCCUUCCAAAGAGAGGAGAAGCUUCACCGAAAUGGACACUGGAGAAGAAGACGACUUCAUGGAGAUUCCUGGCAUGACAAGACAUGACAAAGAGCAGGAUAUCAAGACAAACUGCUAUGGGGAAAAACACAAAGAUGGGAACCAUUUAACAGAAGAGCCUCGAGUCAGCUCUUCUUCCCCCAAAAUAUUGGGGCAAAACUGUACACAAGACAUUUACUGUGUCGGGGGGGAUGUAAAAGGGGACAAUAGCCAAGAAGGUCACAAAAUGGAAAACCACUUGUUUCCCCCAGAAAUCCAUACAAAUCCUGGAGAAACUGGCUACUGUCCCACACGGGAAACCAGCAUGUGACUAGUCAGGAGAGCAAUAAUGACAAAAACUGAUUUCUUAAAACCACAAUUAGUAAUGCCUAUGAACUAAAACAUGGGAAGCCUCAGAAGUUAAAAAAAAAUGUUAUUUUUGCAUGGCAUGAAGAGUUGAUUAGUUUAAGUACUGUUUAAUUUAAAAGUGGAAAUCUGCUUUUUUUUGUAACAAAAAAGGAGAAAAAAUCAGUUUAAAAAAAUGAUGCAAGAACAGUGAGUAAAAUAAAGAGCUCUUUUAGGAGCCCAUAUUCUGCAAUGUCUGACAUUUUUGGUCCUUUCACUAAUGAUUGUAGAUAAGUUUUUUUAAAAAAAUAUUUUAACUUUUUUUGCUCUUGGUUAUAAUGAAUUUUGGGAAUUUGCACAUGAAAGGAUGAAAUGCCGAUGCAUGUGUUCAUAAUGGUGUGAAACAAGGUGCUUUGAGCCUGCAAAAUGCAUACAUUUGUAAAUAGUUUGGGUUUGCGGGGAGAUCUACAGUUAUCAAGGAUAUGUGGAAAAUACGUUUCCUGGGACACAGGUACUUCCUUCACAGUUUGCUGCCUGGAGGAUUUGUACAGACUUAUGUUGCAAAAUUGCAACUUCUUCUUAAAGCAUCUCACCUAUCUUGCUUUCUGUUUAAAAGCUCAUAAAGUAUAAGCUGUUUGUUUAAGUAAAUGACAGUGUUUUCUCAUCUAUCUGUGAAGUAAAUCAUAGCUCAAAUUAUUUUUAUUUGAAUAGAUUUCACGGAUAAAUUUGCAAGUUUUGAGUAAAAUUCUAUUUAGACUGUGCAAGAUUUAAUGACCAGAAAUUGAAAAGUUGAUAUAAGAACUGCCAAAAUCAAAACAAAGACAAGGACACCAUUAUGUUACAUAAUAAAAUUAUUUCUAUGGCAAUAAAAUGUGCCAAAUGGCCAUGAAAAAAAUGAUUAUUUUAUAUUUAAAAGUUC